AUGAAAAUAGAUCCUAAAGAAUAUAUUACAUUAAGUAGUGAAGUUUUGGAUUCAUUAAUAGAUGAGGGUGGUUUUUACGAAUUAAGUGUAAAAGAAAAUCUUGAUUCGUUCGAUAUUACAAAUUUAUUAAAUAAUUAUAAUGAUGUUAAUGAAGAUAUGAUAAAUGUUAUUAAAAAUAAUUUUGAUCAUUUGAAAUCAAUUAAGAAUAUAUUAGAAGAUCAAAUUCAAAAUACAUUUAAUCAAUUAUUAAUUGAUUUAUUUUCUCAAUUUAAUAAUUCAACAUCAUUGAAGUAUUUAAAUACAUGUAAAAGAAAUUAUUUAAAGGGUAAAGCUCCUGAUUGUAGCUUUAUAUACAAAAAUGUUAAUAUCUAUCCAGACGAUGAACAUGAAUCUUUACAACAUUUUGUAGUUUGUGUUGGUGAACUAAAAUCAUCAAUAAAGUCUAUUGAUGCACCGAAAGCAGUUGGACAAUUGUUGCGUUAUAUGACUUAUAUAUUACAAAUACAACAACGUGGCAAAGCCUAUGGUUUUAUAACAAAUAUUAACAGUAUAAGAUUUUAUUGUGCUAAACAGGAAAAUGAUACAUCAAUUGUUUAUUAUCAAAGUGAACACUUCCAAAUGUUUUAUGGUUUGCCGAAAGCAUCAUCAUCAUCAUCAUCAUCAUUUGUUAAUCAAAUAAAUACAAGUGCACCAACAAGAUAUUUUAAUGAAAAAACACUGAAAAUAUUUAUAAAAUUUUUAACAAUGGAUACGAACUUUUAUGGAUACACAACAUUAAAUAUAAAUACUGAUGAUUAUUUAUAUGAUGAUAUAUUUCAUAUUAAAAUGGGAUUAGGAAAUGGUGCAACUUCAUUCGUUUAUUUAUUAGCAAAUAAUGAUAAAUUAAUUAAUAAUCCAAUAUGUUCGAUAAUAAAAAUUUCUAAACAUGAUAAAUAUUCAAAAUAUUUUAUCAAUGAAGUUAAAAUAUUAGAAAAAUUAAAAACUUCAAAUUCAAAUAAAUUUGAUUUAUUUUUUGAAAAUAUUUUCAGUUAUUCACCUACAGGUAAGAUUUGUUUAUUAAAAAAAAAUUUUUAA